AUGCCUCCAAAGGAAACCGGUGGAAAGAAGCCCGCAGGAAAGAUGCCAGCAAAGACUGCUGAAAAGAAGACUACCAGUAGUGACAAGAAGAAGCCUAGAAAGGCCAGGAAGGAGACCUACUCCACCUACAUCUACAAGGUCUUGAAACAGGUCCACCCAGACACUGGUAUCUCAAACAAGGCAAUGUCAAUCAUGAACUCCUUUGUCAACGAUAUCUUUGAACGUAUCGCCACCGAAGCUUCCAAAUUGGCUUCAUACAACAAACGAUCAACCAUCUCUUCUCGUGAAAUCCAAACCUCUGUACGUCUCAUCCUCCCUGGUGAACUCUCAAAGCACGCCGUCUCAGAAGGAACCAAGGCCGUCACAAAGUACCAAUCUUCCAAAUAA